AUGGUUGGCUUCGCCGUCGUUGCACCCAAGUUCACACCACACGAUCAAAACAUGAAGACCAUGAGAACAAUGUCCAUCAUUCUCAUGGUCUCCCGCCUUUGCUUGGCUGUCGAAUAUGGAAGCAUCCUCUGGCACGUCCGAAAGUACAAGAAGCAGGUUUUGCCAAUGAUGCUCCAAAUUGGCUUGAACUUUGCCCUUGCCAUGAUCUAUCUCGGCAUCACGUUCAGAUUUACCGACCACAAUAGCAACGUCUUCAUGACUUGGUAUGUCCUUGCUGGUGUAGAGGUAAUCCUCACUUUCGCCAUUGCCUACAUCUUCCCGGUCUUGAGCUUCCAGGGUACACAUUUGAUGAAGCGCAUUGGUCUGUUGACUGUCAUUAUUGUUGGCGAUGGAAUCAUUACUAUUUCAAAGAGCGUUGUCACUAUCGUCGAAAGUCCUGAUGCAUGGAAUGCUUCAACAAUUGGCAUUGUAACUGCCGCAGCGACAACAAUCUACGCCGUCUUCCUCAUCUAUUUCGACUGGAUGAAGAAUCCUUAUCUGCCCAAGUUUCGUCAGCAACUCUGGACCCUGCUUCAUUAUCCUCUGCAUCUCGCCCUCUGCCUUUUCAUCCAGGGCUUCACGCAGCUCGUCAUCUGGACCAAGAUAUUUGAUGUUUUCAAGCACCUGAACUCGAGCUCAGUACUCCUAGACAACACAAGUCUCAUGGCCAAGGCAACAACCAAGAUGAUCGUCGACGAGCUACAGAAAGUUGUCACAAAGUUCUUCGAGACCUACACACCUCAGUAUAUCACGACUUGGAACACGGCCGACGCUGCGCUGAAGAAUAUCUCUACUAUCAACGACACCUUCUGGCCACAGGUCGUCAAGUACUCCGAUACAAAUCUGGAUAAGGAUUACCCUGAUGAGAAAGACUACCAGACUUUUGUCGACGCCAUGGUUGGACUCAUGAGUGCCAUGGAGAACGCUCUGCUUGAGACCUUCAAGAUCAACCUUGCGAAGGAAGUUGACGAUGAGAAUAAGAGCAAAGGCAUACAGCAAACUGAUUCUGGUUUUGAAUCUGAACUCAAUGAGAAGAUGUGGGUUCGUUUUCAACUUAUCUUUAACUAUACCUACAUUGCAGCUGGUAUCUCCCUGAUCCUCAUGGUCUCUCUGGCCGUCAUCUCACGAACGAAACCAUGGAGCAAAUGGGCCAUUACCCGUCAUAUCCUUUUCACUCUCCUCGGCCUCAGCACAAGUCUCGUCGCAUUGAUAAGAUAUAGUGCAACACGAUCCGCCGAAUAUCAACAGAGUCCUUGGAUGAUCCCUACUAUCACCAUUGUCUGGCUCAUUGUUCUUGUACUGACUCACAUUCGCAACCCGCCGCCUUUGUUCUUCCAGGGUAGUCAGUCCCUCUGGAGCAGAAAGAAGAAUAAUCAGCAAACUUAUGACUAUGUCAUGCCUACAGAGGGUCAGACGGCAUAUAAAGGAGCACCGAGUACUCAAGUUAGGUCUUCCGUCUAA